UUCUGAUCAGAAAUUCGGAUAAUGUGCGGCCGGGCUAAGUUGUAAAUAAACAUAUUCAUGGAGAACCGGCGCGGCGUGCCGCGUGAUACAACUCAUUCGGUCAGUGACCGCCACGGAGCGUGUGAUAAAGCAGAUACCUACGUGAUGAGCAAACCAGUGCUGUACGGUUUCUGGCUGUCGUCGUGCACGUGGCGUGUGCGUGCUGCCCUCCACUACAAGGGCAUACCCUACGAGGAGAAGCAAGUGGACAUCGUGAAGAGCCGGGAGCAGCUGAGCGCCGAGUACCGCAGCAUCAGCCCCUCGCAAAAGGUCCCCGCGCUGGUAGUUGAUGGUGUUACUCUUGUGGAGUCUAUGGCGAUUCUUCAGUAUCUAGAAGACACUUACCCUAAACCGAGUCUUCUGCCUUCAACUCCUCUUCUGAAGGCCAGAAUGAGGGAGAUAUGCGAGACGGUGGUAUCAGGUAUCCAGCCGCUACAGAACGUGGGCUUGGCAUCCCACUUCAGUACGGAGCAGCAGUAUAAAGACUUUACCAAGUACUGGACGCUGCGAGGCCUGGAGACGCUGGAGGACCUGCUGAAGACCAGCAGCAGCUCUGGGCAGUUCUGCGUCGGAGACCACCUGACCAUGGCUGACCUGUGCCUGGUGCCUCAAGUGUAUAAUGCGCUUUCUAGGCACAACGUCGACUUGGCGAAGUUUCCGACCGUCGCCGUACUGUAUGACACGUUGCUGAAGAUGCCAGCCCUGAGAGACACUCGUCCGGAGAUUGUACGAGGGAAAAAUAAACUUUGAAUUU